GGGGGCACGGGUUGGUGGUUAUGGCCGGGCGGCUUGGGGGUUGGGGGCAACCUCAGUCCAAGUCGCCAUGUCAUCCGCCUGGCCCCGCUUCUCACUCCUGGCAUGCGCGGUGGCCUGCAAGAUCGGGGGCAUCGUGAGGAGUAGUGGAGGCGGCGUCUGGACUCGAGCUGGAUGUGCGUUGAAGCGUUAUAGUCAUCAUGCCUGAACCCUUGACGCUUUAUGCGUUCCUCUUCAAGACAUGUGCGCUCUUCGCACUGGCCGACGAUGGACUCAACGGUUGGCUCGUUCUCCUUCAAACUUCGAUUUCGACGGCGGGAUGGGAGUCCUCUGAAUCUCGGACGAUCUACUCAUUUGUUGCCUUGUUACUUGCUAUGUCUGUCGUACGGCUGCUGCUCUGUGUUUGUCAUACUGCUAUCUGUCGUACUACCAUCUCGUUUGUUCAAUGUCAUGCGCCACAGCCGGCUUUCCCUCAUCCUUCCUGUGUCCGCGCCAGCAAACUUUCCUUUUUUCUUCCCCUUCCGUCCGUCGCAAUCCUCCAACUCUUUCAACAUCUCCGCGUUCUGCUCCCGACGUUCGUCACAGACGAUCUCUCCUCAUCACAGAGCGACCGAGGAAGAGGGGAUGUAGAGCAUUGAGUGACCCCUCCCUCCCUCUCAUCUCCGCUCCCUCACUACUCCUUCCCUGUACAAGAGGCUGAGCCAUGGCCACGACAACGCGAAGCAAGCUAGCGAGACAACUGGAGCGCCAUGAUACACCGGGAUGCUCAGAAAUCUUGAGCAGUCGUUCAUAAAAAUCCAGAAUAAAUUGAAGGUGAAACCCGUAUCUCCAGUGUAGGUGCCUCGUGCGUAUGUAUGUGUACAGUGCUAUAGCUAUUAGUACAGAUGAACG